UCGGCGCAUGCAGAGUUCAGUCAGAGUGCACUGCUGACGUGCAGGGUUAAUGUAUAAUUUUUGAGACAAGGGGACCUAUGAACUGUAAGCUCAAUGUGCUGUAGUAGCCCUCAAUCCACAAGUUCAAUAUCAUCGCGUCCCGUCUGUUAACACACACAUCGUUCUUGCGGUCUCGACGCCGCUGCAGUGUGCUCGGUUCAUUUCUCCUUUGCCGUUUGGUGGCCGUUGGUUGCAGUAGAUCUAGGAUUGCACCGUUUUUAGUCAACAGGCGUUUUGGAAUUAAAAACCUCUGGAAUUGAAAAACGUUACAGGAAACAUUUCUCACUAUCGACGACAGCUAUCAGAUUAAAUCAUGCAGGAUCCAGAUGCAUCAAUGGUAGAUAGGCAUGAGGACACAGAGCGUCUCCCCAUGACCACUGGAGUGUCGAGUGGUUUGUCACGACUCUUGCAGGAUUCACCAACUGGACCCUCAUCAGUGGAACGACCAACCGCUGCAGAGACAACGCGAGAUACGGUGUGUUCACGGUCGAUCAUCGACCAAUCCAUUGCUGCUACAUGUCCGUGUCGAACCCCCGUCUUGCUUGAUAUGUCACGUUGCGAUCAGACGGACUUGGAACUUUUAGACUGGCUGAAUAAAUCAGUCACUCUUGUCAAAACUGUACCUGGGCUGUCCUCCCUACCUCCCGCUGACCGCACCCUACUAUUAUCUGCUGCUUGGAAGGAGUUAGUUAUCCUUUACAUGGCACAGAGCCAUUUUAACUUUGAAUUCCUCAUACCCCAGAGUGGCCUAGAUGAAUUGGCUCAGAAGCUUUCUGGUCCUGGAACAAUUCCUAUUCGACACGGUCAGUGUUGUAUACACUGGAGCUGGAUUGAAGGGAUUCCAACUCUAAGGAGCGUAGAGCAACUCAGGUUUAUCUUGCAUAAGUUCCGGGAGAUUCGACCAGAUGGCAAGGAGUAUGCAUUACUUCGGGUGCUGCUAUUAUUCAAUGCAGAUCUUCGCGGUCUGACGAGCUCUACGUCUGUUGAAGCAGCCAAUGAAAGGAUACACACAGCCUUGAUGGAAUACGAGAACACCUGCUAUCCGCGUGAUCCACUACGUCUAUCCCAUCUACUGCUCUUACUCCCUGGUGUCCGUGGGUUCAGCACCAAGGUAUUCGAGAACCUCUUCUUCAAACACCUGACGCGAGAUAUGAACGUUGAGGGUGUCCUUGCUGAGAUGUUACGAGAUUGAUGACAAAGAGCAUAUUAUUAUCUAAGAUAAGCGUACAAUACCAAAGUGUGUCGAACAAUAAAUAUGUACGAUGGAAAGAAAUAUACUGAAAUUAUUUUUUUGAAAUAACAAAAGAAGCACUGGGGAGUAAAUUUACUAAUUGUUUUUAAAGUAAAUUUAACGUAAAUUUGCUGGUUUGGAACCUCUUGUGACGCCACAUUCCCAUGGUGCGCCGGGGUUCGAGCGGUUUUACCAAAUCUAUUUUAACUGUGUUGUUUUCAAUGAACUUAGGUUCUCUCUCAGUGUUAACCUGAAAACCCGUUGGGACAAGCAGUUUCUUGUGUAUUCUUUACAAAUCAACAGCAACUUUCAAAGUACGUAUAGAUCUUACAAUUAUUGUUCUAUCAUUCAGUUAUAAUUAAUAUUGAUAACAGCUUGGUAUACGUUUUGACCAGGGCCCAUUUUCAUAAAGCUGUUCAGCAGAAAAUACUGCUUAAAAAUGUCUUUGCUAUGCAAAAAUUGA